GCGCCCGAUACCUACAGAGACCACCUUCAGCUACACAGGGACAAGGAGCAGGGCAAACGCUACCCUUGCACCCACACUGGCUGGUGAGUGAGCUGCAUUCGAGGAUGGUGAGAAAGACUUUGAAUCAGCUCACCCCCUUUUGCCUAAUCUAUCCGCCGCAGCGGCAAGGACUUCCCUUCCAAACGUGGACUGCGACAGCACGAGCAGAUCCAUGUGAGGGAGAAGGAAGGGUCAGGCUCCCGUGCGACGAGUGCGGUCAGACUUUCGUCAGCCAGACGACCCUGGACCAGCACAAAGCGCUGCACGCGGAGCGCAAGGCGGGCAAGACAUACCCCUGCACACGGCCUGGCUGCGGGAAAGUCUGCACCACGAGGGCGUUGUGGAAGGCGCACGAGAAGGUCCAUGACAAGGAGACCUUCUCUUGCCCUCGGGACUGCGGCUCCGUCUUCACCGUCAAAUCGGCUCGAGACAGGCACGUCUUGCACCAGCACGAGGGCAAGGAGAAGACGUUGCGCUGCACUCGCCCCGGCUGCGAAAAGGUCUUCAGCGACCGUACGCGGCUCAAGGAGCAUGAGGCAACGCAUGAGGAGCGUCCGCGCAUUCCCUGCCCGAAGAGUCGCUGCUCAAAGUCGUACGUGAAGCUUCAGGAUGUCAAGAUCCAUUGAAGCAAGAAGCACGCCGACUGUGGGCCUUGGCCAGGGCUGGAGGAGUCGUUGGGCAGCUCUGGCGGGGACGCAGCCGGGACCAGCAGGGUCGCAGGCACCUCAAGCGCGCGGGAUGAGGGCAGCCCAGCCUCAGAGCUCGGUCGCAGCACCAGC